GCAUUUACUAGCUAUGCAGCCUUGGAGAAGCCAUUUAGCCUCUCGGAAGCUCGGUUCCUUUGCCUAUGAACGAACUGUUAUUCACCGUAUAGAACAGUUGAGAGGUUUGACAUGUACCUAGAACAGAAUAGGCACUAACGCUGGUCACUGUCAUCUCUAACCUGAGUGAGCCCUCAGGCCAUGUAAAGAGCUCUGGAAACGGGAGGGAAGUCCCACUUGUCUCAAAUUCCUGGACACAUCUCCUUGGUCCAGAAAGCAUCCUUAAAGGGAUCAGACCAAGACCAGCAAGCCUGCCUCCCACAAUUGGAGCAUUUUAUUUACACCCCACCUUGUUCCUAAGAGUAUUUGAGGUAGUAUGACUUGAGGGGGAACCUAGGAUCCCUACCCAUCCUUGCCUCUAUAUCCCCAUCUCAGUUCUUCACGUCAAGUCCAUCGCUGAUCCAGUCACUUACGCGCAUGUCCACAGGAAUUAAAAGAUUAAGUCUAGCUCAGGGCUCCCUUUCAUUUGGUCUUUCGUUUACUCUCUCCAGUGCCUGGAGCCCAGCCUGAAACUCAGCAGAUGGGGGGUUAAGACUGAUGCCCUAUCUCCUCCCCUCUCCAUUCCUGACUUCAAAGUCUCCAUAAAGCCUGACACUGCUUCCCUGACCCCAUAGUGGCAGCUCCAUCAUCAGCUCUUGGCCGGUUCAAAGCAGCAGACGCUGAGCCCUGGCCUGGCCGCUCACGGUCCGCUUGCUAGCCAUCUCCUGGGGACUGGGCUGAAGCCUAGGAGCUCCAGCUGCUAACAUCUGGAGGCAGGAUCAUGUCUGCUAACAAAGGCUGGUGGGUGCCACCUGAAGGUGAUGACAGCGUGUCUGAAAAGUUCCUGAGGAAGAGCAGGGAGUCUCCGCUGGUGCCUAUAGGCUUAGGAGGCUGCCUGGUGGUGGCAGCAUACAGGAUUUACCGGCUGAAGGCUCGUGGUUCCACCAAGAUGUCCAUACACCUGAUUCAUACCCGAGUGGCAGCGCAGGCCUGUGCUGUGGGUGCAAUCAUGCUAGGUGCUGUGUACACAAUGUACAGAGACUACAUCAAGAGAACAGCACAGAAUGCCGGAGAGAAGUAGGGUUUCCACAGCCCGGGGCAGUCAGACCCUCUCACAGCGAUGGCUGCUAUGCUCCUAAUAAAGGAGUUUUGUGGAAAAUC